AUGCAGUUCCAUACAGCAGAGCUAUACCUUUGCCAAAUCACCCUCUUUGACCGGACAACAUCGGAUGACUCAAUGUUCUGGUCGUCACUCCGCGUCGAAGCUUUAUCCAUGGGUCUCAUGGCAGCCAGGCAGUUCUUUCAAUUUUAUCUCGCGCUCCCAUUGCGUGCAGAGACUGUAUUCAAUAACGCACAGUGGGUUCAAGGUGGAUUUUGCUUGACUCUAGCUGCAAAGCUCUCAGUCGCCGCCUCAGAUUCCUCGAUCGACCGCCAAGUAGCAAAACUUAGGGACUCGUUGGACGUGUCUCUGAUACUCCAGCAGGUUAUCCUACGCGUCCAAGCGUUAGUCACGCCCCUGGUGGACGCACGAGGCGAAAGGGAUGUAUUUUAUCACUAUGAAAAUCGCCUUAAGCGCUUGAAGUGGUGGUAUGAAACUCAGAUGACGCAGAUUCCCGUCCAGCGCCAACAUCAUGCUUCUCCAACAGCAAUGGCAUAUAACCCUAUUACCACUGCGGGGCCGUCUCCAGUUCCGGCAGAGGAUAUGCACACACAGUGGCCCAGUAUGUUGCCUGAUGCAACCAUUGAUGAUCUAUUCAAGGAGUGGAAUUCCGACGUAGGCGUCUAUUUUGGCGUCGCCUAA